AUGCCAGGUAGAGGAAUGGGAGAGCGGCUAGCGGUUGAUCCUCAGAACUCCAAGAUCAUCUACUUCGGAGCACGAAGCGGCAAUGGGCUCUGGAAGAGCACGGAUGGUGGUGUCACCUUCGCAAAGGUGUCGUCCUUUACUGCUACUGGAACAUAUGCCCCAGAUCCGAGCGACCCCAAUGGAUACAAUAAUGACAAGCAAGGCCUUGCUUUUGUCACAUUUGAUUCCACUUCUGGCCUUACCAAUGGUGCCACCUCGCGUAUCUUCGUUGGCACUGCCGACAACAUCACGGCUUCUGUCUAUGUCUCCACUGAUGCUGGAUCUACUUGGAGUGCGGUUCCCAACCAGCCAAAGACGUACUUCCCGCACAAGUGUAAACUUCAGCCGACCGAAAAGGCACUGUACCUCACAUACGCGGAUGGCACAGGCCCAUAUGAUGGCACUUUAGGUGCGGUUUAUCGAUAUGACCUGACGAAUAGCACUUGGAAGGACAUCACCCCUGUCUCAGGCAGUGACUUGUAUUUCGGAUUUGGUGGUCUUGGUGUCGAUAUGCUAAAGGCUGGAACUCUUGUUGUUGCGAGCUUGAACUCUUGGUGGCCGGAUGCUCAACUCUUCCGAUCGACUGACUCAGGAGCCACAUGGUCCAAAAUUUGGGCAUGGACGUCGUAUCCUAAUCAAGAUUGGUACUACGGAUUAAACACCGACAAGGCGCCAUGGAUCAAUGCUGGAUUCGUAUCUCAAGAUACAAAGCGCCUGGGAUGGAUGAUAGAGUCUCUGGAAAUUGACCCCCUUGACAGCGACCAUUGGCUUUAUGGAACGGGCCUGACUGUGUACGGCGGCCAUGAUCUGACCAAGUGGGACACUGUACACAAUGUGUCUAUCUCUUCUCUUGCGGACGGUAUUGAAGAGUUUUCGGUUCAAAAUGUCGCUUCUGCUCCUGGAGGGACAGAACUUUUGGCUGCCGUUGGUGAUGAUAAUGGCUUCACUUUCAAGAGCAAAUCAGAUCUUGGCACUUCUCCCAAGGCACCCUGGAUGACGCCCAUGUGGACUACAUCGACUGAUGUUGAUUAUGCCGGCAACAAGGUCGCUAAUGUCGUCCGUGUGGGCAACACCGCAGGAAGCCAGCAAGUUGCUACUUCUUCAGACGGUGGCGUCACUUGGAGCAUUGACUAUGGUGCGAAUACCGCUGAUUACGGCGGCACAGUCGCUUACUCUGCUGAUGCCGAUACCGUUCUCUGGUCUUCAUCGACAUCUGGGGUGUUGCGCUCCCAGUACACUGGCUCAUUUGCUGCCGUGAGUGGUUUAGCCUCGGGUGCUGUCAUCGCUAGCGACAAGCGCAAUAACACCGUCUUCUAUGGCGGUUCUUCUGGAAGCUUUUAUGUUUCCACGAAUACUGGCAGCUCAUUCGCGAAAGCUGGUACCCUCACUGGCGCAACCUCUGUCACUGAUAUUGCUGCGCAUCCCACCAUUGCUGGUGAGGUCUACGUGAGCACAGACAAGGGCAUUUUCAAGUCUACAAACUACGGCACUAGCUUCACGCAGCUCUCAACCCUGACAGCUACCCAGCAGAUUGCCCUUGGCCUUGGAUCUGGUUCAACUUGGUACUUGUAUGCUUUCGGCAGCGGUUCUGCCGGGAACAAGCUCUACGCUAGCGCUGAUGGUGGCUCUACAUGGACUGAUAUUCAGGGCACUCAAGGCUUUGGAGCUAUCUCUAGCUGCAAGCUCACAGGAAGCGGAAACAAUGCUGGCCAGGUGUAUGUCGGCACAAACGGCCGAGGUGUCUUCUAUGCCCAGGGUACACGCUGUCAUCACUUCGAGCACCACUACAUCGAAGGCCACGACGCUGAGCACCUCAACCGUGAAGGCGAGCUCAACAACAUCUGCGCCACCAUCGUCGUGCACCGCGGCCCAGUGGGCGCAGUGCGGAGGCACCGGCUUUACAGGGUGCACGUCUUGCGCUUCAGGGACAACUUGCAAGUACCAGAAUGA